ACUUGGAUCGCCGCCUGCGCUACACAACAGCUCGCCUCGGAUCGUCAAUCGAAUCAGGAAGAAAAGACAGAAGAAAUGUCGCUGUUUGGGGGCACGACGGCGCCCGCAUUUGGGCAAGCGCCGGCGCAGCAGCCAGCAGCAUCCGUCGAGCCGCAAGAUAUCGAGGUGAUGCAGCCUCCCACUGACGGCGUGUCUGCUCUGAGCUUCUCGCCCGUCGCCGACUUUCUCGCCGCCAGCUGCUGGGACAAUAACGUUCGGAUCUAUGGGGUCGAGAGCACAGGAACAACGUCGCCGAAAGCCAUGUAUAGCCACGAGGCGCCGGUGCUGGAUGUGACAUGGAGCAAGGACGGGACAAAGAUCAUUUCUGGCGGGGCAGACAAAGCGGCACGCAUGUACGACGUCAACACGGGCCAGUCGUCGCAGGUGGCUGCGCACGAUGCACCCAUUAAGGGCGUUCGAUGGGUCGAGCAGGGCGGUGGCAUCCUCGCGACAGGCAGCUGGGACAAGACUCUCAAGUAUUGGGACCUGCGCACCCCGAAUGCGAUUGCCACGGCGCAGCUGCAGGAGCGCUGCUAUUCGAUGGACUCUGUCUGGCCCUACGUUGUAGUCGCUACUGCUGAGCGCAAGAUCCAGGUGUUCGACCUUUCGCAAAACCCAUCCAACGCUAUCAUUACAAUGGAGAGCCCGCUCAAGUGGCAGACGCGCGUCGUGUCGUGCUUCCAGCGCGCUGAUCAGCCAGGCCUGCCGCCCAAUCCGCCUGGCUUCGCAGUUGGGAGCGUCGAGGGCAGGGUGGCAAUCCAGUACGUCAAGGAGGAGAACAAAUCCAGCAACUUCAGCUUCAAAUGCCACCGGAAAGACCCGCCGGCACCGGCGCCGGGCCAGACACAGAGGGAACCGCAUCAGCUCUUCUGCGUCAAUGCAAUCAGCUUCCACCCCAUCCAGGGAACUUUCUCCACGGCUGGCUCUGACGGCACUAUCAACUUCUGGGACAAAGACAGCAAAACAAGGCUCAAGUCUUUUGAAGCCAAGGCGGGUCCCAUCUCGGCAACGGCUUUUAACCAGAACGGAAACAUCUUUGCCUAUGCUGUGAGCUACGACUGGCACAAGGGUCAUCAAUAUGCCAAUCCCCCCAACACACCCAACAAGAUUUUCUUGCAUGCUACAAAGGACGACGAGGUCAAGCGCAGACCAAAGAAGGCGUGAUUGCGCUCACUUUACUUCUCUCUCUCGCUUCCCCUUGAGCUCAUGUACUGUACAAUAAUGAAAUUAUCCUCAAUGACUUUGCUCUUUCCAGGAGUCCUGCGGCCAUGAAUCAAGG